GUUUUAUUUGCUUUAUUUGAGGUAGGUUAAAAAAUGACUUCAAAGAGUGACAAUGAAAAUUGGAGAAAGCAAGAGUCAUCUAAUAGUUUUCAGUUUCAAGAGGUUUCUGAUAAUUUUCCUUGUAUAAUACCAGCCUCUCCAAAUUGGUAUUGUAGUAAUAUUAUGACAUGCAUGAAUGGCUAUAUAGCUUUUGGUGGGAAAUGGGCUGUUUAUUUAUUGAAUUUACGAAAAAAUCCUCCUGUUUGUGAAGAAUAUCUAUUUGGAAGUCCAGGGUACAGCUGUAAAGUUACAGCUGUUGCGUUUUGUCAGUUUGACAAAAACAUAAGUUUAUCUGUUCUUCCAAGUCACUGUGCAUUUGGAAUGGAAGAUGGGCUUGUUAAAUUAAUAAUUUGUGAAACUAAAUCAAUGCUUAAAGAACAUCGUAAGCACCAGGUAAAGAUUACUGCUAUUUCAUGGUCUCCAUUAGAUAAUAAUGUUAUUAUUACAGGUGAUGAGAAGGGAGUGAUGGUAAUAUGGAAUGUUGAAGAAAAUUGUCUGAAUGUUUGGACUCCCAUCUCCAACAUGAUUUCGUGUUUAGAUAUGUCGCCAAAUCUUCAUAAUAUUGCAGCUAUUGGAUACGGUAAUGGCAAUGUAUGUGUUUGCGAUAUAAAAAAACUACAGGUCAUGCAAGUUUUUAAAAGUCAUAUAGAUGAAGUUUGCACUUUAUCAUGGUGCCCAAAAUAUUUUAGGGAGAAGCAUUGUUUUGUUUCUGGAAGUAAAGAUUUUACCAUGAAAGUGUGGGAUAUUAAUACUGAAAAGUUUUUGUUUUCUUACACGGUACCAAAAAAUUUACCAAGUAAAAAAAAAGAAGAGUCACAAAAAAUGAAAGUUACAAAGUAUCUAUCUGUUUUAUGGCUGAAUGAUAAUCAAAUUUUAUCUUCACAUUCAAGUGGAAAGAUUUUGUGUUGGGAUUUAGAAAGUAGUUCAUGGAGAGCUUUGGAAGGUGGACAUAAUCGAUUAGUGUAUGCUUUAAAAAAUGAUGCUACUACAAAUCAGUUUGUAUCUUUUUCAAUUGAUAGACAAUUAGUUAUCUGGAGUUCCAGACUAAUGAAACCAGUUCAUACUAUUCCAACAGUUGGAGGGUUUCUUUAUUCAUUAUCUUCAACACCUCUCGAUCCUCAUUCAAUAGCUUUUGGUUGUGGAGACAAUAUGAUAAGAGUAUGGAAUACAGCUGAUUCAACUCAAAGUUAUAAAUGUACUACUUUGUGGCAGGGCAUAAAAACCAAAGUAUUGAUUAUAAAAUAUCAUCCCAGCAAGGAAGGUAUUUUAGCAUUUGGAACUGAAGAUGGUCAUGUUGGUUGCUAUAAUGUUUUGUCUAAAAAGUAUGAUAUAGCUACAUCAUAUCAUCAAAAGUCUGUCUAUUGUCUUGCUUGGGGACCAAACUGUAUUUCAAUAGACGAACGAAUUAACUCACUGUAUACUAUAGGAGGAGAAGGAACUAUACUCAUGCAUAAAAUGGGUUCUUUUAACAUAGAAGCUAUCAAUAUCUCCACACUUAUAAAAACGGAAAAUAAACUUGUGUCUGUACCACGAAGAAGUGAAGCAUCGUGGCGUAGUGACUUUCUAUUUAUUGCAAUAGGGAAUGAAGAUGGGACAAUAGAUAUCUUAUCAACAAAAAUGCAUUGUGUCUGUAAAGUUCUUGUUCAUAAAAAGAUGAUAAAUACUUUAGCCUGGCAUCAUUCUUACAGUUUGGAUAUUUCAGGUGGAAAUUUUCUUUGCUGGUUAGCAUCUGGUUCUGAUGAUUACAAUGUGUGUGUUACAGAUGUUGCAGAUGUACUGAAUAACAAUAACAAUGAGUUAGUAAGUGUCAUUAAACCUACUCGCCAGCUUUCUAAUCAAACUGGCCGUAUUACACAAGUUUUGUGGAGUCCACAUACAAAUGGUGUACUAGCUUUAGCCUCUUUUGAUGGUUCUGUCCAAGUUUGGAAUAUUUUAACUGGAGAGGGUAUUGCUCAUUAUGGGGGCCAUAUAGGGCGUGUUUAUACAGUUAUGUGGUCUUAUUCAGAUCGUGAUGUGUUGUAUUCAGGUGGUGAUGAUUUUACUCUUCAAAGAUGGAGAAUUUCUGAACAAAAUUUUAAAACCUCUAGUCCUGCAAAAAAGAGUAAAACAAGAGGUAAAAAAAACAAAAAUAAAAUAGCAGACUUAAAAACAAACAAGCAAUCACAAAUUGACUCAAAUACUCCAAAUGAACUUCCAAAUAACAAUAAGCCAGUAGGCGGUGAACAAAUUGAGGGUACUGUAUCACUUUCUGUCAAUGAGUUUUCUGUUAUUGAUUUGGGAAAGGGUUUAGUUAAAGAUGUUGAUAAUAAAAAGAAAAGAAUGCGAUCUUUGUUGAAAAAGUCAUCUGUUGCUGAUUCUAAAGCCAAAGAGGCCAUGCAAGUUGAUUGCAUUGCUUUAGCACAGUAUUUAAAAGCUGAAAAUGAAGAAGAAGAUACAGGAGUACUUGUCUGCAACAUUACUCCUGGUUCUGAGGAGCAUCCAAAUCUGGGACUAUAUAGUACAAGAAAAGAUGCUUACAAGUUGCUUCAAACUGAAUGUGAGGGUCAUAAAAAAAAUAACUCAAUAGAACAACUUAUUCAGCUAGAAACAUGGAGGAAUAACAUCUCUGGUCUAAUUAAUGAUGCAGCUCAAAAUAACAGUUUAAAUGAUGUCAUUGUAGCACUGAGCCCCUUAGGUGGUUUUGACUUGUGGAGAGCUUGUGUUUUAGCAUAUGCAGAACAGCUGGAGAAGAAACGCAAUUUUAAUUCUGCUGCACUUUAUUUCUUAGCAGUUGGUGAAACACAAAAAGCUAUUAACGUUUUUAAAGAUAAUGGCUUAUUUAAAGAAGCUGUAGCUUUAGCGAAAGUGCGACUAUCAAAAAACAAUCCCUUAAUUCAGGAACUUUAUUUGCUGUGGGCGCAAAAACUUAUAGAGGAAAAUAACAAUGAGAAUGCUGCAGAAUGCUUUUUGGCUGCUGGAAAAAUCAAUGAAGCAAUUACAGUGUUGGCAAAGAAAGGUGAUUCAUCUAGUCUGCUGACUGCUAUUAAGGUAGCUGACAUCUAUGACAUGAAAAAAUGUUCUGCAGAAUAUUUAUAUCGAUGCAUUGAUUUAUUGAUCAGUGAGCACAAAUGGGAUAUUUGUGGUUCCUUGUUAAAUCCAAUUACAAUAGUUCAAGUCUCUCAUUUGCGUGCAGUUGUUAGUGAACUUUUAGUUGAUAAAUUAGAAACAUGUGAUUUAGUUAUAGCUUCAUUUGAUAACCAUGAUCAACAUCGAUAUUAUACAAAACAAGAGUACUUUUCAAACAGUGCUUCAUUUCUUGAAAAUGUAUUAGUGGUUUUAGAAACUUGUUAUAAGUCAAUUUUUGUUCACAAUCAUUUUGCAUCUCUGAAUCUUACAUCCUUGAAGCAUGAAAAGAUUAAUAAUCUUUUAGGAAAAGAUCCAAAAGAGAUUAUAGGAAUAGUAGCUGAUCGUGUACUUUCAGGAAUUUUGUCUUUGCUAGAGUUUGACAUAGAAAAUUGUUUUAAAGUAUGGCUCACAGCUUUCAAUGGGCUAUUAUCGAGCGGUUUUAAUAACUCUUUAAUUUUUUUAUUUGAAACUCUUUUUCCUAAGUCACAAAUGUCCUAUAUAGAACUAAAAACAAAAUUCGGUCGUGCUUUGUCGUCUGACUAUGUGGAGAACGAUUGUUUUACAAACUUUGUAGCUUUUAAAUACGUUGGUUAUUUAUAUAAGGCAUGGUGGAAACGUGCUUCCAGAGACAUAUGUAAUGUUGGAGACACAGACCUUUUCAAGAAUAUGCUCAAUAACAUAGUAGAUGAUUUUAAUUAUAAUACUUUAGAAAACAAUAAAAUCACUUUGAAUAAUAAUGAUUUUUUUUAUUUAAUAGUUUUUUUAAAAAAGAUUCUAUUAUCGGAUGAUCAUAUUCAGUAUUAUAAUGUAAUCGAACAAAUUGAUUUAGUUGACCGAGAAAUAAUUGAACAUGACAUAAAGCAUAACUUAAUCGCUUACACUCGCAAGAAUAACAUUCACGACACGCAAAAUGUUAAGAAUGCAGGUCGCAUAGUUAAAGAACUUGUUGAUGAUAUGAUUGAAUUGGUAAUUCGCCAGAGUUCUUGUGAUGAUAGCAGUCAAAACGCAAACGCAAUUUUGCCAGAAGUAAAUUCUAACAUGCAACAAAGACAAAGUUUAGUUGCUGAAGCAGAAGCUUUUAAAAUCUGCGUAAAGGAGUAUGCGUUUCCUCACCCUCGUGAAUCGGUUUUUGUAUUUGAGUGGUUGUGUCGGUUUGAGAAAGACCAAUGCUUCAAAAGUCUACAUGAAGACAUACUCAAAUGGAUUUUUAGAUAUAAGAUUACAAAGUCACGUUAAUUUUUUUUUUUUUUAUUAAAAAGCAGAUUGUAUUCAUUUUGUUUUUAAGUCUUAUCCGACUUAUCCUGAGAUUUGCAUUUA